AGAGAUACCGGGCCGAGACCCCUCCGCAGUCAACAACGUCUGUUCAACUCGGCAACUUCCCACUUCCUGAGCUGCGAGUCGUCUUCUCUUCUCCCGCAACACCUUCUUCCUCGUCCCCCUCUCGCCCGCCUUCGCUGAUAUUGUCCUCCCCAAUCCCCCGCUCGUGUCCCCAAGGAGCGCCAGCGCCGAGAGAGCCGCAAUUUGCAUCCCGCACGGUGCUGGAGGGGACCGCCACGCCGCGGAUCGUCCACGCGCGUACGACUCCGACUCCGCGCCUGCAUUUCUGAUCCGGCUGGUCGGCGGCCGGCGAGAUGUUGGGGGGCGUCCUGUCCAAGACCCUGCUGCUGCUGUUCGGGUACGCGAUGCCGGCGUUCGAGUGCUUCAAGACGGUGGAGGCGCGCCCCAACGACGCGCACAUGCUCCGCUUCUGGUGCCAGUACUGGAUUAUUGUGGCCAUGGUGAUAGCCUUUGAGAGCCUCAUCUCUUGGAUGCCAAUGUAUGGAGAAAUUAAGCUUGCUUUCUUUGUUUACCUAUGGUACCCCAAAACAAAGGGCAGUGAUGUUGUAUAUGACACCUUUCUUCGGCCCAUUGUGAUGCAAUAUGAACCAAACAUCGAGCAGAGGUUACUGCAUCUGAGGGCAAAGUCUGGGCAGUUACUUAGCUUCUAUGUUAAGAACUGUGCUGACAAAGGGACGGCAUUUUUCAUGGAUGUCUUGCGUUAUGUGGUCUCUGACAAGGCCGAAGGAUCAAAUCUAGAGCAGAGGAAUAAGAAGUCUAGCUGGAGUCCCUUUGCGACUAAACGUCGGCCGCCAUCGCCGCCGCAGGAAUCUCUCUUUGACAACCCUGAUGCUGCAGUUGUCGCUGAAGUUCUGCGCGCGGCCAUCAACCCUAAGCCCCGGCGAGCUCAUAAUGACAAGGACUAUUAGAGGAGAGGGAUGGAAUUUUACACCGGUGUAAGGAAAUGAUUGUGUACAUAGAAAUAGAAUGAUUCAAGCAAAGGUCAAAUUGAAAGAAGAAAUCUAGUACAUAGAAAAACAAUCCAGCAAUUAACCCAGUGUGAAGAGAUAUGAAUGAAGCAUGUUGUAGACUUGUGGUGACAGCAAUUUAUUGUCUCUUUUUUUCCGGAUCAAUUUACUUCAAUUGUUUUCCUCCA